ACACAAACUACGUUAUCCCCAAUACGCCUACAUCCACUUUAUGUUGGAGUAGGUCUUGUAGGGCUAGGGUUAAACAAGGAUUAAGACUCCCAGUCGAAAGGUAAUUGGGUUUGAUCCCCAAUGUCCACAGACCAUCUAUAGGCAUCCUUGAAAACAAUUUUCUUACCUAUAACUGCACCCAAAUGUCUUUUUGCAAGAAAUAAUUUAUCACUUUUUGCAAAAUGACUGACUCUCUCUCUCCUAUAUCAAUGACGUGUUUCUCUCUUGCCUCCCCAUGGUUCCCCUCCCCCCUCCCGAGGAAACCCUGAAUGACACAUGAUGGACGGUGACAUGAUCAACAACACACGUUUCCUUGGCAAAAAGGCCUUUCAUAUUUACCGAGUAUCUCUGCUCACUGGGGGCAGAUAUUGCAUUUCACAGAUGAAAAGUACUCGAUGUACAGUCAUCCAUCAAGCCAAGUUUGAUUCUCUAAUGGGUUUCGGUUGGUACGUGGUCUGGAUUAGAGAAGUGGGCAUCAGACCAGAGUUUGUUGGGAAUGUGCUACUGAGCAAGGCAGCUUACUCUCCCCAACAUACUUCCCGGUAUAACAUGAUUGGACAAGGCCGGGAUCGGGGUUGAAAUGUUUGUGUUCGUCUUUCAGAGGGUAGCUUUGGUCUUUACCAAAACUGUCUGUAGUAGUCCCAGCAGGUCAGAAACAAGUUAUAUUUAAGGAACAACUUCUAUGUAAGAAAUUAGAAUAACUUCCAAAUUGCACCACAAGUAGAUACUUAAAAUGGUUUGCACCUCUAACCUUUUGUAAAACCAUUUUUGCCGUUAAUUAACCCCACAGCAACAAAAACAUGGAAAAACAGCCAAUUAGUACCCGCGACCAGGGUGGAUCGAGUGGUAAUGCCUGGCUCAGGUGUCCUGUUCAGAUCUAUGCCUUACUUCAGCUUUUUAUAGAGAUUUGAUAUUCCAAGAGUUAUUUGUCACGUCUCUCCAAGCCCCCAAAAUAAAUAGCAUGUCUCCCACUGUAGGGGGGCUGGGGGGAGUGGGGAGAGAGAGCCAAGUAAUGGUAUCAGGCAGUGUUGGUUGGGACCCCUCACCACCAACCACCCUCCCUCCUCCCAAGCUCCGUCAUGCCGAUGCGUGUGUGUGUGUGUGCGCUCCUGUUGCUCGUCUCCUGUCAGUCUGCUACUCUUGUUGCCCCCCCUUCUCUCCCCAGUCGUGUCAAAGCUGCUCAUUCCGUGGUUGUCGCUGACAUCUGCCAGUCAUUUGAAUGGAGACGGUUCCCUAUUAUCGCGCCGCCUAAACCAUGAUUGGUGCAGCUUGAGGGAGGCCCUUCAGCAGAGUAACAGCAGUCCCGACUAGGAAACGCUAGCUGCUUUAUGUACUUGAGAAGCAGUUGGGGAGUCCAGGUGACAGUUUUUUUUGUCUGCAGAAGACAUGCCUGCAGAACUUUGCCAAAUCCCACAGGUGGGAGAAGCCACCGACUUGUCAAAGACCUUGAUGGAAAAUGCUGAUUUUGGUCUGAACGUCCUCAUGGAAUACGCAGAGCGGAAACCCGUCUAUGGAGAUAUGGUUCCAUCCGGCCUGGACUGUGCUCAAUGUUUCAGCAAUAAUGGACAUUUUCUCGAAAAUGAGAUUAAGCCUGAGAGCGCAUGGAAAGAAAAUGCCCAAAGCUUUGAGCAUAAUGUUGAACAAUUCAAUUUAGAGGGUCAACCUGAACAGUCUGAAGAUUUGGAUUUAAAGGAGCCAUUUGAUGUUUUUGCUCAGCACUGUGGGUGUUGGACCUACCAGUGCUGCGCUAGUCGCGGCUUUGCAUAUGAAUGCAGGUCAUCUUGUGAACACUGUGCCGAACACUUCCAAUUAUCCCCGCAACGCGAGCCUCUUGAACAGUUUGACUCUUUCGACUCUGAGCCAGAGAUUGCCACAGUGAACGCUGAGGCUUUCGGACAAUGUGAACCAGCUGAUUGUAUUUCUGGCCAUAGUGAACAAUUGGACUUACCAAACCAACAGAUGGUUUCGGGUCAACAAUUUACCUGCUUUGACACAGCAGGACAAGACUUGACUGAGGAUUUGGAACAAUGCCAAAAGUCUGCUGUUUUGAAUGAAAACUCUGCGGAGACUGGAGAUUCAUUUGACAGUGACACUGAAGUUUGUGAGUAUUAUGACGAGCAUGAAGAAACUGAAAGCUCAGAAGUUAUUGAUGAGCCAACAGAAGAUGAUGAGGAUUCGCCACUUAGCAAUGAAGAGUGUUCUAUAUUAUCAGAGGAGGUUAACUUAAUUCAUGCUGAAACACUGCUUCAAGACAGUUCUCAUGAAAGCACAGAUUACCUAUAUGAAGAUGAAGAUGAUGAUUAUGAUGAUGAUGAUGGAGGCCAGCUAGAUGAAAAAUGCAACCCUCAGGAUGUUGCUUACGAUGUAUCAAAUUAUGAAACAGAAAACUAUGAAGUGUCUGAUAACCACAGUCUCUGUUCUUCCUACGAUGAAAGUGGACACAUUGAAACUGAUUGUGACUCAGGAGAACACAUGUUUGUCCCGGAGUCUGACAUCAACCCUGAGGAAGAUGGUUACUCAGACUGCUCUGAAAACAGAUCAUUUGAGACUUGCUCCAAUGGGAGCGCUCGAUCAGAGUCCUGCUUGGAUUUAUCUGGAGGAUCUGAUAAAGGAGCCCAUGAAGAUUCUGGGGAUGAACAAAUCCAGUGGGAAUCAUUUGAUGGUGAUGAUGAAGAAGAAGAAGAAGAAGAAGAAGAAGAAGACGACAACGAUGAUGUGGAUGACACCAAUACUGAUAUGGAACAAGCCAAGGAAAAUAAGGACGUUGACACCAACCUCUUUGCCUUAUUUGACAGGGAAGACUACUAUGGACUCUCUUUUCUACAGAGGAAACCUUAUAUUUCUUGUUUUGAUGGCGGGGACAUCCAUGAGCAUCUGUAUCGUGAAGAACCAAAACCUGUCGUGCAGAAAGUCAAAGCCAAAAGGGCGACUAGGCGUAGGAGAAUGAAGGAACGGGCAAUCAUUUCAGCUGACCGAUCCCCUGUUGAUGUACAGAACUCUGACAUUGAAGAGACCCUUCUCAGGGAUUCACCUAAAGACUCAAAUGCUGCAGUAGAACAGGAAGUGCUAAAUGAAGAUCAAACUGUCAUUGUGGAUAAAAAUGAAUCUUGGGUCAUCAGCGGAAAGGAGGGAGAUGAUGAAACCGCCCGUGAAGAGGACUGGGAGUCGAGCGGUUAUGGAUAUGUCCCCAGCAAUGAGGAACAAGCUGAAGAGGAUGACAUGACUAGUCCUGUAUCUGUAAAUGACAAUAUGCAAGCACCAUGUGCGGAUGCCAUUUCUGUCGAAGGCGAUGCGUAUGAAGAUCGUGAAACUCCAACAUUUGUUUCUGCCUUUGUUGACGUUUUGGCCAUUGAUCCAUGCCAGGAAACCAGAGCUGAGGGCACAACGGCCACACAACAAGAGCUUCUCCAUAUACUUGACGGGAAUGAGAACGGUGGAGAACAAGAUGAUGUUUUUAAAUUGUGUUCGGAAAGGGAGCCAUAUUGGGCAGAAGGCCAAAAUGGCUCAAAGGACUGCGAUGUUGAGGAUUACUAUGCAUAUCAAAUUAAAAGCAUGCGAUCAUCUAUUAAAAUAGCGGCCACACAAAGCACACAAGGCAAGAUGGUCCCAGAAACGGAUGAUUGCAGACAAGUGCUUCAGGGUGAAUCGGAAGAAGGAACCGAUGCUAUCCUCAAACAUGUUGAAAGUUUCCCUGUUCCGGAGAACAGCUCAAAUGGACUAAUCCUUGCUCAUCCCUCUGAGGCAGGUCCUCCUUUAAACCUAAUUCACAGCGUACUUCCUGAAGGUGUUAGAGCCGAGAGGAAGAAUAGCCUGGCUGUGGAAGAUGAGGAAAGUGAUCUUGAUGAAGUUGGUGAAGAUGAGCCUUGUGAAUGUGAAUACUGCAUUCCACCUGAAGAACAGGUUCCGACAAAGCCACUUCUUCCGCAGAUCAAGUCGAAGGACUCAGGGAAGAUCUGUGUGGUCAUUGACCUGGAUGAAACCCUGGUUCAUAGCUCAUUCAAGCCAGUGAACAAUGCUGAUUUUAUCAUUCCAGUGGAAAUCGAUGGAACAGUUCAUCAGGUUUAUGUGCUGAAAAGGCCGCACGUUGAUGAGUUCCUCAAGCGGAUGGGGGAGCUGUUUGAGUGUGUUCUGUUCACCGCCAGCUUAUCCAAGUAUGCAGACCCUGUGUCUGACCUUCUGGACAAGUGGGGUGCGUUCCGGGGUCGUCUCUUCCGGGAAUCGUGUGUCUUCCACCGGGGGAACUACGUCAAGGACCUCAGCCGGCUCGGCCGUGACCUCCACAAGGUCAUAAUCAUCGACAACUCUCCGGCCUCCUACGUCUUCCACCCUGACAAUGCUGUACCCGUAGCUUCCUGGUUCGACGACAUGUCGGACACUGAGCUCCUGGAUCUCAUCCCGUUCUUCGAGAGACUCAGCAAAGUGGACGACAUCUACGACAUUCUAAAGCAGCAGAGGACUACCAGCUAACAGAUCAGGAGAAAAACGUGGAAAGACCAGAAAUGCGAGGAAAGAUCGGUAAAGCCCGAUCAAUCGGCAGACACCCUCAUCGCGGGGCCAUGGAGGCUGAUGGGACACUCACCCCUGCCUCUCAACAACAAGGACCACACUGCAAGACAACUAUCUCAACCCCCCUCACUAUCCCUGUCCCCAGCAGUUAUGUCUAUUAAAUAGUUCUAAAAACAGGUGAAGAGAGAAAAGUCCGAUUAUUUUAGGAAUGUUUGUUUUGUUUUCUUAAUUUUUCUGGAAAAUUAUAUUGCUUUUGUUCUGAGGUUUAAUCAUUUUAGUCAAGUAAAUUACAUCCUUUCCAUCUGAUAGGAAUCCGGUUCAGUCGAUCUUGCAUCAGUGUUUGUUUCCCUCUUUUUGUUAUGUAUGUUAAGGAAACAUGUAUUCAAGACUGAGCACAAGACCUAAAAGAUCACUUAAGGACAGCUAAUGCGUUGUAGGUGCAAAAUGCUUUUAACUCAAAGGCACAAAUGGCAGAUCCUCAACCUACAAAGGUAUUUAAUUAAUCACGUUUCCCAUACUGAACACCUUAAAGAUAUAGUUAUAUGUUAAUCUAAUCUUCACAGAAAAAAAUAAUAUUUUUGAUAAUUGUGUCCUAAAGGAACAAAACACUCUACGCCCUGAAUGUAGAUCGGCAUUCUGUGAACUGCUGUAAACAAACGUGGCAGACAAGGCAACCUUAAGCUGAAGUUUGUUUGGUUUCAAGCCUUUAAUAUGAAGGGAGGUGUAACGUGAGUUAAUUUCUCUUGCUUGUUGUACAAAAAAAACACGGUUAAUACUGCAAACUUGUUUACUUUUACCCUCUAUACCUAACUGCAACAGUUAAGUUUUAGGGUAAACCCAGCAACACUGCAACAACUUGUUGUGUAUCAUGACCCUUAAAACUACUGAUGUACGGUGUUGGUUUACAGAAAUUACCUACAGUCCGCAAAACUUAAAACCAGUGCAGUAGGAUCUCAAUGGAUCACAACAAAAUACAAUCUCUGUAGCAGACCUUCCCGCUUGCAGACUGGACUGCAGUUCUCUCGCCAUCUGACCUUUGUGAGUGUAAUUUUAAUUUUCAUCUGAAUAAUACAAUUGUAUUGAUUUUUCUUUUUUCGAAAUAAAUGUCAUGUUUUGUUUGUUAUAUAGGCAAACCAAUUUUAACCAAGGAAUAGAAAAUGGACAAUCCAUUUGUAACUCAAAUUGAUGAACAUGUGUUUUUUAUGAGUGUACUGCAUGAGAAGGGUUUGGUAAGUGACGGGUGACGGUUGGAUAAUGGACACUUGGGAUGCAUCCUAUCUAUAAACUUGAAUCGGUUUUGUAAUGGCGUCUAGUCCGCUAGUACUGCUCACGUCAUCCUUUUAACGGUCUGAUUCCGAUGGAAGAGUCCUGUUGCUCUCUUGGGGCCUCCCAUUCACUUUUACUCCAGUCGCUGGGUGCGUGCGUGUGUGUGUGUGGUGUUUUCGGCAUCAUUGUUGAAAACACGUUUGUUGAUACCAAGUAAAACCUUUAAUGCCAGGAAGCUAUUGUAACCCCUUUCUACUUUAGUUUUUGAAAAUAACGAUUUAAUCUUUUUUUUUUACUGUAUGCAACAAGAGUAUUAACGUUGACAGCCAAGUAAAGAUACUGGUUAAAUACAUAUUUGAUUGGUUUGUUAAAUUGAAAAAAACAAAACAACAUUUGUACCCUGUAUCAAUAAAGCAUGUUUUAUUGAGGCCAAUUGGCAAUACCAUAAUUGUUUCCAAAGACACUAAAGGGUCCAAGACAACAUAUGAAAUGAAA